GUGAAAUCCCAUUUCUUGUCUAUACGCAAUUUCUGUUAUUAAUUGAGAACAUGGAUCCUCAAUUAACCAAGUAACUAACCAUCCUUUUCCAUCAUUAUAAAUCUCUUCAACCUUUCUCAAUCUCCAUAGAUACUCAGCGCACCACUUAAGCUUGUCCAUUAUCAGAACUCACUUUCACGGUUUGAAUCGGUGUCUACUAUCUUAGAUCAUGGCAACAAGAACCGGCCGGAAAACCGACCGUGAAAGCCGCCCACGGCUGCUGAAGGAUUUCCUCAUAGAGGAUCACCACUCCCAUUCGAAGCCACUGCCGCCAUGCAAACGUCCGACGGAGGUGCCUCAGGCGGCAACCACCGCCAUCUCUGCCAUUCACAAGGUGAUGAUCAAAAUGGUUAGGCUCCUCCCCUUCGCUCCGAUCAAAUCUCCGGCGGCCGGGUCGAGAGGAAGCAGGGUUGACCUCCGCGGAGAGGGUCCCACCACCAUGGUCAGAGUCAAAGACAUUUUGCGGUGGGGUCUCGUGGAGGAGAACGACGAGGACUUCACGGCGCCGUCAGAGAACAACGACGGCCAUCUCUAUUACGACUCGCCGAAUAGGUGCACGUGCACCACCGUGAGCACAACCGCCGCCGGCAGCAAGAGAUCCAGCUGGUGCGACAGCGACUUUACGGCCGAGGAUAUACCCUCGUGUUUCGGGGACAUCUCUGUUGUCGGCGACGAAAAGACUGAGAAGGUGGGGAAGGAGAAUCUUCGUCCACCUGAUGAAAGUGUCGGUGGGGGCGGUGGACAUUUCAUCACGGAGGAAAAUAAAAUGGCCCCACAGGUAGAGUUGGGAGCUAUUGAGAAGGAGCAGCACAGCCCAGUAUCAGUAUUGGAGUCACCCUUCAGAGAAUUAGAUGAAAGUUUCAAUUCCCAUCGAAUCCUUACUGCGGGUGGUUACAGUACUAGAAGUUAUUCCAACGAGGAGGAUUCAUUUGAUGAGUGGGAAGUGGAAGAGAAGAGGCAAGCUUAUUUUAGAGAUAUGGAGAUCAUGGCAGCUGCUGCUGUUGAGGAAAUAAUCACAAGCCGUUGGCCGUACAAGUUUGAAGAAGAAAGGGACGAGUUGUACCUCUUGUUGGAGCACCAAGUCUUCAAUGACUUAUUAGUUGAAGAAGUUUUGGUUGACCUUUUCAUCAUGCAUUAAUUAUUUCAAGAUAUGGUGGACAAAAAGCUGUUCUGGAUUGGUCAGCUCCAGGUAGAGGAGGAAACUUGAAGACAAAUCAGUUCCAGUUUCUGGAGGAACUGAAAUCACAACCAGUGUGACCGGUUCGGGUUCUAAACUGAAAAUUUUAAUUUGCUUGAUUCAG